GGGGUCGAGUUGGGCUCAGCAUGAACCUGCUGUUCUGACACUCCAGGCUGGGACAAGCAGGCAGCAGCUGGCCAGCCACCCCUAAGCAGCAGUUCUACAGGGAAACUUGCCUGGAGUGCUUAAAACUCAACCAAUAAGUUCUUCACCUGGAUGCAGAAGCAUUCAUGGCUGCUGCUUAUGGCACUAUCCACCAGCUGGGCCUGUUUUCCCAGCAGUACCCUCCACCGCUGCUGCCCAAACCUGGAAAAGACAAUGUUCGUCUUCAGAAACUGCUCAAAAGGACUGCCAAGAAAAAGGCCUCCACUCAGACAUCACAGUCUGCCACAGCUUUCCGCUCAAGCCUUUCCCCUGUAAAUGAAGCAAGCCCUGACCUGGAGCACAGUGACCACUCAACUUCCCCCCAAACACCACAGACACCCCCUAGACUCCACAGCAUUCAGCAACCUCCACGAUUCACUGUCAGACCACUUUAUCAACAUGUGGCAUCCCCUUACCCACAACGAGCAGCUUUUGGUCGAGCUGUUAGUAUGUCGCCUCCAACAGUUGCAGUCCCUUCAUACUCUUAUUCACACCAUGUCACAAAAAUAUCUUCAAAUUAUGCUUUACAUCAGGUUUCUAAAGUCUUAGCCACUAUGGAGCACGUUGGGCUGCGAGGAGAAGCGAAACAUUCGCUGCCAUUUUCCUCUGUGCCUGAGGUAAACAUGCCAACAACUGACUUAAAAACAUUUACUGAAAGUCAAGCCGGUCUGAGACUUGUCCCAUAUACCACACCAUCAAAAAUCACAAGUCCAGGUCCAACUCCACAUCCAGUGCCCAUAGGUCAACCUGUGGUUCGGCCUCUUACUGUGUUGACCCAUUUCAUCAAAUCCAAAAGUCCACAUCCAACAUUUAAAGCAACUGAGCCCUCAAAAUCACCAAAGCCAAUGUUUGAAGUGCCUCAAAUUAGGAUGUAUACAGCAAGCACAUCCUAUUAUGAGACAUCUAGGACACCACCAGUGUAUGACACGGCUGGAUUAACUGCUAUCGGCAGCACAGUACCUCAAAGCAAAUCAUUAGCAGAAACAAAACAGGAAAUGCUCACAGCAUCUGAGAUCAGUGGCGGGAAGGCAACAACUACUCUGCCUCCUGGGAGAAAAACCCCAACAUCAGACUUGAAACGAAGCAUCCCAACAGCUGAAAUCAAAAGAGUUACUCCAGUGUCAGAAAUCAAACAAGUCACUCCAACAUCAGAAAUGAAACGAGGAACUCCAACAUCAGAAAUAAAACGAGGUACUCCAACAUCAGAAAUAAAUCGAGGUACUCCAACAUCAGAAAUAAUGCGUGCCACUCCUACAUCUGAAAUCAGAAGAGCAACCCCAAACUUCGAAUCAAAAAGAUCAACUCAAGCAACUGAAAAUAAAACCACCACUCCAACAUCUGAUAUCAGAGUUCAAACACCGACUUAUGAGUCUCUAUCAUCUAGAACUUCAACAGGACGGCCUAGAACUCCAGCAUACCACAUCACCCGAGCCGCAACCCCUGUCUUUGAAAUCUCACGACCAAAUCCUCUUUUGUUUGCGGUGUCACCAAUUACAGUGGAUCCACAGAGGUCACGGUCACCCCAAACGAUUUCUACUGUGAACAGUUCAUCUGGCUCUCUUAAUCUGAAGACUACAGAGCUUCCUGAAACUUUACUAAAUGGAGAUGGUCACUCUGACAUGAGACCUGCAGAAAACUCUUUAAAACAAAGUAUUAAAAAGUCAAAAUCAGAGUCUGAUCUGACAAGAAAAAAGAACUCAGUUUCAACAGUUGGCUCUCAAAGAGCCAUAACUCCUGAAUCUGUGUCGACAACACAAGUAGUGACUGGCUAUCAAAGGCCUAAAACCCCAACAUAUGAGGCCUCCCGCCUUUUGACCACAUCACCGGGCUAUAAAAAGCAAAAGACAUCAACAUCUAAUAUUUUGCAUUUGGUAUUUCAGAGGCCUAAAACCCCAGACUCACAAAAGUCAAAGUCUGCCUACCGUGGACUUACACCAGCUGAGUAUGCUGCUUAUGGUGGAAUCAAAACAUAUUCACCUGCAUUUGGCAUUACAACCUCAGUGAUACCAACACAAGAUGAGGUUAAAGCUGAAAAAGGAGUUACAAAACAGAGUAACCAAGAACCAACUGUAAUAGAACAAUCUACGGUUGAGCUUUUAAAGAUAAAGGAUACCCCUAAGCGUGAAGAAAAGCCUAACCAGCGUUAUGAAAAGGCUGGUUCCAGUGUCACAGUCCCAGUCAUUGUACUUUCAAAACCAUCUGAUUCAACAGGAGCAAUGUCAAAACAAUAUCCAUGUACAGCAACUGGUCCAGUUGCAGCAAAACAAGAGGCAAUAGUGACAAAAGAGAUACAAAAAGCUGUGGAUGUAUUUCCUGAGAAACAGAAGGAAAAAAACACAUUAAUGACAAAGACUACUGAAAUAAAAGAUCCUCUUCUAAAAAGUGAUGACCAGGAUUCCUUGAAUGCAGUAAAACUGCUUUUGAGUAAAGAGAAGGUCCAGACAUAUGAGGAGAAAACAAUAUUUGACAAGAAAGUUGAUAAAUCUGUUAUAAAAGAACCAAUGGCAACUGUUAAUGAAACAAAGAUUAAUAAUGAAGGCUCAAAGUCUGUUUCCGCAAUACCUACUCUGCCUGUUAAGGCACCUUCUACUAAAUCAACUGAAACCAACAAAAACGAUAACAUAGAACAAAGUUCAGCAGAUAAAUCUGACAAAAAAGAAACUAGUGACUCCCCCCCAGCAGCUGUAUCUCUUCUCAAUGUCAUGCAAAAGCCAAAGGGGAUGAAACAAAAAGUGAGUGGAUGGUCACGACUAAAGAAACACAUGGUGGUGGAAGAGGAACCAAAAUUUCCAGAGACAGGUUCUCAAACAGAGGUCCGUGGGCAGGACCAGAGUGAAGAAAAAAGGCUAGAAGAGCAUAUAAGUGGUCAGGAUGAGAAGCAAACUACACCCAAAGACACAGACACUCCAAAGGCAACUAAGAUGUGGGACGCAGUCCUCUUUCAAAUGUUUUCCUCGAAAGAGAGCAUCAUGCAUCAGAUUGAAUUAAACAAAAGUGAGGAUGAAAAAAAAGAGGAGAAUAGCAGUGAGCAGAAAGAGAUCCCUUCAUUUGCAUUUAGGCUACCAGUGUUGCUUUUUAGCCCCACGUUUGAUGCUAAAAAGCUUAAAGAAGCAGCAUCAAGACCAGUCACAAAAAUUUCUAUUGUGUUUGAAAUGGGCCUGAUUGGGCGUAAAGGUAAAGAAGAGGAACCAAAAGACUUUAACAGAACAGCCAGAGGUUUUACUGCUAUUUAAAUUAAGCCUAAUGUAAAGUGUCCAGAUUAAACUAAGAUCAAACAAAACUUAUUAUAUUAGUGCAUUGGAGCAGAGAUAACGCACAGUUCAACAUUAAUUCUCUGUUAACAGAAGACUUUUAAAGAACUGCUGAAGGAAACUAAACACCAACUUAAUACUUGACGGUUUAUGUGAUAGUUGCUUAAUGGGUGUUAGAGCUUUGUCUAUAUUGAUUAGCGAAAAAGAGCUAAUUUGUCUUAAAUUUCUUCAGACAUCACACAACAUUAAAGUAUUUAUGUAAUCUGAGAACUUUAAUUUGUUUCUUUCAUCAAACAUUUACCAUGGAUGUUAUUGAAUAUGUAUGUGUGUACAUGGUUGUUACUUGUUUACAAAUGUCCUGUUUUUAUACAUAUAUUUAACAAGAAAUGUUAAAAUAGAUGUUCAUCCAUAUUGAAAUAAAUAAUCAUCCUAUUAAUAUUUUUUUUUUUCAAAAUUGUGAUAUUUGCAACAGCAUAAGUCCUCCGAGUAAAUGAUGAAUGUUUAUGUAGAGGCUGUAAAUGUUUUCUUCUGUUGGUUUGUAACCUCAGUGAGACGGUUUAAUUCAUUAGACCCCAGUCUGAUUGUGAUGAAGUGGAAAGGAAUAUUUAAGUCAGUGACAAAUGGCUUAUUUAUGACAACUAUUAAUGUGUUUUAUAUUAAAUUAAAGAUCCCAAAACAACAUAAUGGAAGGGAAUUGCUGAUUCAGGUACUAAUAUAUCAUUUACCCAGAGUAACCAAUAACACACUUCCAUCUACCUUAUGGAAAUUUACAGACAAAAAAAACUGAUGUAGAUAAACAUAAACAGAGGUAUUUCUCUGUAAAAAGCUAUGAAGGAGGUCAAUGCCAUGGCGAGGAUGCCGUGAAAGGAGAAUGUUCUAGGCUUCUUGGCUGUUUUUUGCUUGAUUUUUUACUUUAUUUGUUUUUUUAGAAACUGAGCAGCAUCUCCUCAUUUGGCCAACAUUUGACACACAGCAAGAGGUGUCCCCACAAAGUUGAGUCUACUCUGGAUUUUCGCCCGCAUGAGAAACCAUUCUUUCCAUUAAUUAGGGCAUGAAAUGUCAUUUCUCAGGUCAUUGAAUUAUGUUUAGGGUAUGAUUCACAGGAAAGUACUUGCAAACAACUUAGAACAUGAACCUAAGUCUGGGGGAAAAAAUGACAUUUUUGAAAGUGCGAGUUGUUUGUGGUUUUAACCAUUGCAAAAUAAAGUUUAUCACUAAGAGACACAAUA